AUGGAUGAUAGAGUAUUGUUAAAGAUUUAUUAUCAUGGGCAGAUUUUAUUACAAACAGCUGAAGGUGUAAAAUUUGUAUGUAAAAAUUCAUUGGAUAUUAUUAUUCCAUUUACAUUGUCGUUUGAAGAAUUAAAAGGUGUAAUUUGUGAGAAGAUGGAUUCUCAAAUAUGUAGAAGAAUAUCGUGCAUUUUGUACAGGAACCCAGUAUCUGUAUUUGGUGGGUUCGUUCAGUUUCAAAUCAAAUAUGUAACCGAUGAAGCGAGCAUGCAAGAUAUGUUUUCAGUGUACAUGGAAACUCGCUCACAGAUAUCAUUCAUCGAGCUGUAUAUUGAGUUUGAGCAGUCGGAAGCAGACCGGAAUAUUGAGAUGGAAAAUUAUAAUAGUGAUAGUGAGGAGGAAUUCGAAAGUAAUUAUGAAUGCCUUGAUCCGGGUGGAGAUGGAGAUCAAGCCGAGGACACAAUGCAGGCAGAUGUGGCCGAUGUGGCAAAUGCACUAGUAAACCAGCAUCCGUUUGUGGAGCCUACUUUCAUGCGCUCACUGGACUUGGAGGCCAUGCAUACACCGGAAUUUCCUGAGUAUAUGAAUGCAGAUUUAUUAGUUAGCAUGACGAACAUGGCAGGUUUGGUUCAAAUCGGACCGGUUCAAACCGGACCGGAGCAAACCAAACCGGACCAGUUGAAACCAAACCGGACCGAUUCAAACCAAACCGGACCGGUUCGAACCAAGCCGGCCCGGUUCGAACCAAACUGGUCCGGCUCAAACGAAACCGGUUCCGACAUUGCAGAGCUUCCUGUUGUAGCGGAUGGUGAAUUUAUGGUCGGGAUGGAAUUCAGUUCUAGGGAGGCAGUGAUUAAGGCGAUGAAAGAUUAUACAAUCCGUCGAGGCGUGGAUUAUCGGGUGUACGAGUCGGAGCCAACAACAUUCUAUGCUAAAUGUACACAGUACGGUUCCGGUUGUGACUGGCUGAUCAGGGUGAGUAAAAUGUCCCGAAAGUACUGCUGGGAGGUAAGGAGGUACAAUGGUAGUCACACGUGUACUCGAGCAUGCAUUUCUCAAGAUCAUUCCAAAUUGGGUUCCGACACAAUUGCAGAAGCCAUUAAGCCGUUGGUAGAAGUUGACCCAUCUAUAAAAGUAAAAUCAGUCAUUGCGGAGGUACAGUCGAAGUUUAAUUACACUGUAAAUUAUCGAAAAGCCUGGUUAGCAAAGCAGAAGGCAGUGGAGUCAAUUUUCGGCGGGUGGGAAGCUUCGUAUGAAGCUUUGCCCAUAUGGUUUGAGGCCAUGUGUCACAAAGAGCCAUCAGCGGUCGUUCACUUUGAAACAAUGCCUGCGUACCAGGGUGAUGACUUGGUUCCUGACAUCCGUGUCUUACAUCAAGUCUUCUGGAGUUAUUACCCAUGUAUCAGAGCAUUCAGACAUUGCAAGCCAAUAGUGCAGGUAGACGGAACUCAUUUGUAUGGAAAAUAUAAAGGUUGUCUGUUAGUGACAGUUUCUCAAGACGGCAACAACAAUAUUGUGCCCAUUGCAUUCGCGAUAGUGGAGGGGGAGACUUCAGACGCGUGGCACUUUUUUCUCAGUAACUUGCGACAGCAUGUGGUGACGCGUGACGGUGUGGGCCUUAUAUCCGACAGACAUGAAUCCAUCAACUCAGCUAUUGUUCGGAGUAACGGAGCCUGGUCUCCUCCUAGGGCUUUUCACAUGUUUUGUAUCAGGCAUAUAGAGUCGAACUUCCUGAGAAAGUUCAAGGCUCCAUACUUGCAGAAGCUUAUCGUCAACAUAGGAUAUUCGAGGACGGUCCGCGAGUACGAGAUGCGUUAUUAG